UAGGGUGUUACGCAAUUUCGCACUCAGGGGCGUAAUGGCCUCUGGGUUUUCCCGGGCGACUUCCGCUGUUGAGCUGUACCUCAUUGCUAGAAAACGGGCGCCAGAAGGUUCUCAGACAAGGUCCCGCUUUCUUAGAGUGGUAACGUCGUGCGCCGGUUGGGAAAGGGCGGUGGAAGGAGCGGAGCCUCUGUGAACCAUGCUCGCGAACUGUGGGUCCGUCUGUAAAGAGGUACCGAGGUUAGAAUCUGCGCUGGGAAGGACUUUUGCUGCAGGCCAAAAACUACACUUCCCAGAAUCCUCGUGGUGCCAGAACUACGUUGCCCGAAAGCCUGAGCGUGAUUCAGCCAGCCUCUCACCUCCACCCGCCAGCCUGAAAACAGGAAAUGUGGAGUCGCAGUGUUUGGCGGCUCCUGUGCUCUGACGGCCGUGCCGGCCGCCGGGUUUCCAUCCUCGGCGGGCGUUUCUCGCCGGCCCCGAGGAGAGACUUUUUCACCACCACAACCAAGGAAGGAUAUGAUAUGAGGCGAGUGGACCUAACUCCUUUAGAACAAAGGAAAUUAACGUUUGAUACCCAUGCACUCGUUCAGGAUUUGGAAACUCAUGGAUUUGACAAAGCACAAGCAGAAACAAUUGUAUCAGCAUUAACCACUUUAUCAAAUGUCAGCCUGGAUAGUAUCUAUAAGGAGAUGGUCACUCGAGCUCAACAGGAAAUAACAGUACAACAACUAAUGGCUCAUUUGGACUCCAUCAGGAAAGACAUGGUCAUCCUAGAGAAAAGUGAAUUUGCAAAUCUGAGAGCAGAGAACCAGAAAAUGAAAACUGAAUUGGAACAAGUUAAGCAGCAACUGAUAAAUGAAACCAGUCAGAUCAGAGCAGACAAUAAACUGGACAUCAACCUAGAAAGGAGCAGAGUAACUGACAUGUUUACAGAUCAAGAAAAGAAACUUAUGGAAGCAACCACAGAAUUUACCAAAAAUGAUACCAAAACCAGAAGUAUUAUUUCAGAGACCUGUAAUAAAAUUGACACUGAAAUUGCUUCUUUAAAAACACUGAUGGAGUCUAACAAGCUUGAGACUAUCCGUUACCUUGCAGACUGUCCAAAAGAAGGCCAUGCACACCACCAGCAACUCCUAAAGUGGACUCCAGCAGAUUCAAGGAGACUGUGGACUGGAACUGGGGGAAGGAUUCCAAUGUGGAAUUAUAGAUUGAACCAGGGCACUCCAUUAGAGCCUCUGCUGUAGGUCUAAACUGACUCCUGAACCCAGGACUGGAGAAUCAAUUAGAUCCGCAACUUGAACACAAAAAGUGGAGCUGAAACUGAGAGGGACUUACCAGUGGUCUUCAGAAAUGGCAAGGACAGCACACUCUAAGGUUUUCUGGGUGCCACACCUGUAUUUCUCAUUGUCCCCAAAUGCCAACAGAUGUUCGCUGCCACUGGAUGUGUUAAAAAACAAAACUAAACUUGAAGAUCUAAUUGGCUUUAUUAAAUAGUUCAUGAAUUGGGCAGCAUCUCAUCUAGCAAGUAGAGGCGAACUCUCAGAAGUUGUACAAAAUGGAAGGUUUGGGGGCACCUGGCUAGCUCAGUUGGGAAAGCAUGCUGACUCUUGCCCUGAGUUUGAGCCCCACACUGGGUAUAGAGAUUAAAUAAAUAAAACUUGGGGAAAAAAUAGAAGGUUUUUGUAGAAGGAGGGUCGGGCAAGAAGGUUAUUAGCAAAAGAAAGGGACUGUUCCGGGCAAAGUCCCUUUCCCUUAGUGGGAGUGCAGGUAGUUUUAUCAUGCAAAUUACUUCAUCUUCUUUUAGGGGAUGGAGGGAACCCUUGCAGAUGACCGCAAAAUUCCCACUGACUGGUUAAGACUACUCUUCUGGGGCAGGUUUAAACUGCAAUUAGAUUAGGUAGUAAGCUUCAGUUUGGGGACCCAAAGUGACAUUUGGGGUGUGUGGUUUUUCCUUUUUAAUACUGUGUUUGUCAGAGAAAGUAAUUGCUGACAUUUGAUUUUGAGAUCUGUUAGCUACUAUCUCCCAGGGUAACUAUGGAGCACAAAAGAAAAAAAGGAGGAAGUAUAACAGGUUUACUUUAUCACUUGCAGUGGAAGUUUAACAAGCAGUUAGUAUAUAAGUUUAACGGGCAACUCUGCAACCUACUAAUAGGAAAAAGCAUAUAGAUGUCAAAGAAAUGUAUAAAAACAAGUACAGAAUAAUGCAAAAAAGAUAAAUUGGUUGCUCCACUGUGGAAAGAAAUGAAAAUUUUAUUUUUAUUCCUACAUUCUUCCAUAAGGAUUUGAGUGGACCUCCAGAGAACGAUCACUAAAAUAGAUACAGGCAAAAAUGAUAAGUAUAGGGGGGAAAUUACCUUUUUACCUUAAAUCCAGCUGAGCACAGAUACUACCCAAAAAUUAGACUGUCACAUACUGAGCUCAGGUACCAUGUGACCUGACCCAGUUACAGGGCCCGAAGGAAUGAGAAAAAUGCCCUACAUUCAUAGUACUUUCUUUUUAUAAAAAGUAAUGUGUUUUCAUAAAUUGUGUCCUAUAACCAAAAGCAAUAUAGUUGAAGUGAAAGCCUUCCACUCCCUCCCCACAUAUAUUUACUUGGUAGAUCUCUUUCUAGGCUUUUUCUUAUGUAUAUAAACAUUACAGAUUAUUAAAAACAAUAGAUUGUAUUGUACAGACUACAGCUUUUUCAAAUUUAACCAAAUGUUUUAAGUAUCUUUGCGUGGCAAAACAUAUGUAUCUUUUUACUCAAAAGCAGAGUAUUCCAUUAUAUGAAAAAGCCAUAAUUUAUUUUUCCAAACCUCUAUUAACAUUCUGCCAGUUUUUCAUUAUGAGAAAUAGUGCAUCCAACAGCCAUGUAUGUGUAAACAUUACAUUCACAGACACACAUCUUUGUGUCUUUAUGCUAGUAUUUCUAUAUAAUAAAUUGUUUAUGAACAUCUAAAAUUGGGAGUCAAAGAGAUAAUGCACAUUUAAAAUCAUUUAUAUUAUUUUCCAAAAUAAAAUUUCUGAUUUAUACCAUCAGUGGUUUUCUGGGCAGCCACUAAUUAUGUUGACCUGGCAGGAGUAGAAGUGGAGCCUGCCCCUCUCCCCUGCCCUCAGUUGAUACAUACCCCCUUCCUCUCUUCAACUUGAAUCUUUUACAAUGUUUUGUCUUUUUAAAAUACUGAGCUUCUGGUGAAGAUUCAUUUGAAAAAUACUUCUAAGACUAAAACAGGUUUUGAAAACCACUUUUCUAGCAAAGUCUCUGGAACCAUACAUCUUUAGUUCAUUGGUGAUGUUCAGGGGAAAUUACAAAAUAGCCCAGUUUGCAGCAUUCAAUUCCACCUUCAAAACAGAUCUCCAAGCAACCCAGGUUAGGAGGAGCUUCAGAUUCCACUCAGCUUCCUCUAGAAUAUUUAUCCAAAGAUCAGUAUCUUAGUUAAAAAUAAAGUCCCUUUUACCUUCAGUUUGAAGAUGGUGGUCAUCUCCAGAAAGCUUUCUUUCAGUAAUGGCUGUAUGUAAGACAGACUUGUAUAGAUUUAUUGGCAGUGACCAAAGAAAUUAACAAGUUAUUGUUUAGAAAUUAGCCAGUCACUCGGGCACCUGGGUGGCUCAGUCUGUUGGUAAUCCAACUUCAGCUCGGGUCUUGAUCUCAUGGUUUGUGAGUUCAGGGCCUGCAUGGGACUCUGCUGACAGCUCAGAGCCUGGAGCCUGUUUCAGAUUCUGUGUCUCCCUCUCUCUCUGCCCCCCUUUCCUGCUCACGUGCUCUCUCGCUCUCUCUCUAAGAUAAAUAUUUAAAAAUUAAAAAGAAAAAAAAUUAGUCAUUGUUUACAAAAAUACAUCUAAGUUACCUUCGUUUCCUUCUUUUCACUGAGGAUUUGGAAUCAUCCUCUUUGAAGGCAUUUUCUUUCCUCCUUUUCCUUCAAAUAUAUGUUAUUGCUGAGGUUAUUGUUAAGCCUUUUAGGAAAUUAGAAUCUCAUACUCAGCAGGUGGGGAGGUAAUGUCAUGAGUAGAUCAGUUGGGCAUAAAUACCUGAGAUGUUGCACAUAAAACAGUAAUACUCCACUUACCUGAGAUUCACAUACUGAAUUCAGUCUUGAGCAGAAGG